UGUGACGCCAUAGAGCCAUGUUUCUUCCGUCUGACGCCGUGUGGCGCUACUACUGCGCACUGUUUACGGCACAGGAGACAAAGCAACCAACUCAAUUACAACACUGGAUCAACCGUGCGCUUUAUUUAACCAUUUCACAGCCGAAACUCACUUAAGUAAACCCCAGGACACAAAGGUUCUACAAAUGAACAUAUCUGUUGCAUCUGGGCUCAGAUAUAACAUGUUAAAGUAAACAUCUGGAUGGAAGAAAGAGCCACACCCAUGACACUUGAAUACUUAAAAAGCUGCUUUGAAUAGAGAAGGUUUUCUUUCCCUGCAGAAAUUCUUUAUGCGAUAAUGGAUGGAGAGGACGGCCUCUCACAGAAGACUGAGGAUAUAAGCCACAAGCAUAAUGUCUCCAAAGAUAACAAGAGAAUAGAGGCCAAAGGAACCUGUUUAAAAAUAGAAGGGAAAGAUGGUUAUGUGUUUAAAUCAUACAGAAUUACUCCUCAAGAGGUAUUGGAAGCAGAACCCCACACUUGUCCCUCUGAGACACUGGCAAAAGAUUCCUCUUUGGUGUCUUUGUCAUUUGAAGGCACAGAGGAAGAUAGAUCUUCUGAGGUCGAUGGGCUUUCAAAAGAGGAUUCAGCAGCAGAAAGUUGUGAAAAGCAUGACUCUCAAACAUCUCCAACUAUUUCAAAUAAGAGCCAGAACAUUGAAAUAAAUAAUUCAGAAAUUGAAACAGGUGUAUGUAUCAAAGCAGAACCAAAUGUAACGGGUGAAAUCGCUCAGGAUGAUGAAAAGUUAUCAUUUGAUGGGGCCUUCGGCCCCUUUGCCACCAGAAGUUAUGAUGAUGAUUAUGGUAGCUUGUUCAGUGGGUACUCAAGUACUCUGUAUGAUGUUGCAAUGGAUGCUGUCACACAAAGCCUUCUAUCAUCCGUAAGAAGUCCCCUUAACCCUAGAAAAAAAUCCCCUGCUUGGAACCAUUUUUUCAUAUCACCACGUGAUAGUACCAAAGCAAUCUGUAUGUACUGUAUGAAAGAGUUCAGCCGGGGUAAAAAUGAGAAAGAUCUCAGUACUAGUUGUUUAAUGAGGCAUGUGCGAAGGGCUCACCCCACUGUUCUUCUGCAAGACAGUGACUCUGUAAAUAAUUUGUCCAAUAAUUCAUCUUUAAUACCUCCCAAUAUAUCACCAAACAAUGGAGACUUGUCUGUAUGCAUCAAGCCCCCUACAGACAGCCAUACGCCAUUGUCCUCCAUUCUAGCUGAGGCCACAGACAUAGUGUCCAAAAACUCUUUACAAAAGGUCAAACCAAAAGCAGAAAAGAGCGUCAAGAGUGACUCUAGUGUGGUUCCAUCCCCACAUUCCUUAAACAACCAUAAUGAUGAUGCCACAGACUUGGGGAGUGAAUGCCCUGGAUCAGCCCCUAAGAGCUCAAGUUCCCGGCGGCGCUCAGCAGUGUGGAAACACUUUUAUUUAUCCCCUGCUGACAGCUCGAAAGCAGUGUGUAUUCACUGCAUGAAUGAAUUCAGUCGUGGCAAAAAUGGGAAAGACUUGGGGACGAGCUGCCUUAUUCGCCACAUGUGGCGGGCCCAUCGAGACAUAGUUAUUGAAGAAAAUGGACAGGGCUCAAGCAUUCCUCCACCUUACACCACUCCACCAACAUUGCUCUCGCGCACACAAGACUCCACAGAGGUCAAAAAGGAAUUCCUCUGUACCUCACAUCGCUCUGAUGCCAUAUCAGACGAAGUGCCCAAUGAUGACAGUGAGCACAUGACUCUUGAGGAUGAUGCAAAUGAUGCUACAUAUCAAUCUGGACAAGAGUCCUCACUUGAUGCAUCUUUUAGACUGAAAGGGGAAAAUAUACCUCUGUCAUCCUCGCCAGAGGAACACGGUGAGGGGCACAGCAUAUCCCAAGAUCAGAGCUCAGUUUUUCAACAAAACAAAAAAAUAAUGAAACGGGUGAAAUCAGAAGUAUGGCAUCAUUUCAUUGUCUCUCCUGUUGACCAACUCAAAGCUUUGUGUCGGUAUUGUCCCUGUGUUAUAAGCCGUGGUAAACGAGGGGACUUUGGCACAAGCUGUUUAAUGAGACAUUUGAUGCGACGGCAUCCUGACGUUCUCAAAACCCAAAAAAGCACAAAUGACAAAGUUUCAUCACCACAGUCUCCCCUUUGUACUCCUGCUGCAGAGGACAACAUGACAACAAAUGCAACGGACAGCCCUGCUGCUGAGAACAAACACCACACCCUGCCUGUUUUCAGCAAAAAGACUUCAAAGCUAUGGAAACACUUUUCUAUUUCCUCUGUGGACCCAACAAAGGUGGUCUGUUUGCACUGUAGCCGCACAAUUAGCAGAGGCAAAAAGACAACCAAUUUAGGCACUAGUUGCUUAUUUAGGCACAUGCAGAGGGCCAUAAAAAGUCAGAGGAUGGUUCAGAACUUGCUUAGUAUUGCUCGGAAAAUCUGUGAGAGAGUGCAUCGUUCUGCUAAAGCAAAGGAGAAGUUGGCAGAGCUGCAAAAAACUUAUCAGUUACCUGAAAACCAGCUGGUUCAGGAUGUUCCCUCUAAGUGGAAAACAUCGUAUUUUAUGCUUGAGCGAUUAGUAGAGCAAAAGAAAGCCAUUGAUGAGAUGUCAAUAGAGUGCAAUUUCAGGGAACUGAUAAGCUGUGACCAGUGGGAAGUCAUGCAGUCAGUCUGCAAUGCUCUUAAGCCUUUCGAGAUAGCCUGCAGGGAGAUGAGCAAUCGCACAGCAACACUAGGUCAGGUCAUUCCACUCAUUCACAUACUCAACCGAAAAAUAGAUAUGCUUUUUGAUGAGACCAUGGGUAUUGACAAUAUGCUCAAGUCUUUAAAGGAAGCAAUGGUGACUAAAAUGUCACCUACACUUCAUGACCCCAGGUACAUAUGGGCAACCAUGUUGGACCCGAGGUAUAAGACCUCCCUUUUUACUGAGGAAGAAGCAGAGCAGUGUAAGCAUGACCUCAUACAAGAGCUUGAGGUGUCUGCAUCUAACUGUGUGGAGACUAAACCACCACUGUCAAACGGAUGUAGUGAAAUACCAACUUCAUCAAACAGCUUGGCCUCAAACAAAGAAAACCUCUGGGCUCUUAUGGAUGACAUUAGACAGAAAAUCAAGCAGGAGGAGAGACCAAAAUCAUUGGAGCUUGCAGUGCUGGAGUAUUUGGAGGAAGACAUUCUUGACCAGAGUUGUGAUCCUCUGGAUUAUUGGAACCUAAAGAAGUUACUGUGGCCUGAACUUGCCAAAGUAGCUGUACGCUAUGUGGGUUGUCCACCCAGUAUUGUACCAGCAGACACACUUUUUAGCACAUCAAGUGUCAACUGUGCCCUGAAUCAGUCCCGGCCAUUGCUAGAAAAUCUUGAAGGACUUCUUUUUUUAAAGGUCAACCUUCCUUUGAUAUAUUUUCAGUACUGAUGAUUGCGUAUUUAUAUUUGCAAGGCUGUUUCUUAGAUUCUCAUGAACCUCAACCUAGGACCACUCAAGUAACUUUUCUGAGAAGGCCUAACUAAACAAUUCAUUUUACUGAGGUUCAUAUUCUUCAAUACACAGCAUUUGGAUGAUAUUUCAUUGAAUAAAAGAUUGCUUGAGUACUACUGUUAAGUACACUUGGUAACUGGAGUCUUAUUUCUGGUGAAAAGUGUUUUCAGGGAGGGAGGGUUAGCUAGCUAUAGGGGUAGUUAUUGUUUGUUGCUGUACUUUGAUUCCUUUUAUAAAUUUUAUUUUAUCUUUGUCUUCUCUCUCCUUGUGCCUUAUACAAACUUACUUCAGGUCAACAUGCUGUAAAUAUUAACUGAUGUGCAAAGCAAGUCAUAGUCUUCUGAUUUAAAUGAAUUUAUAAAAUUGAAACUACAUGCUGAAUACUGUUUUUAUAUAAAUACAUGACCCAAAAUAAAUGCUGUGACUGAGAGAUGUUUUAAAUGUAUUUUAUUUAAUUCUGUGAUUUUUGUGGUUCGUGGUACUGUUAGAAUUAGGGUUAUUUUUAUUUUUGCUGAUGAUUGUUUUGUUUGUAUCUGUCAAAAUGUACGUAAUGCUGUACUUUCAGGUUAAAAACUUUUUUUGAAAAUUUGUCAAGCACAAAUC